AUGAGUAAAUAAAAUAUGUAAAUUUAUCUAUUAUUCUAGUCAUAAUAUAGAUAAUGGAAUAUCAAAAGUAAUUGAUUCAACAAAAUAAUCAAUUUCUAAGGAGAAUGGUAAUGAAUUAACAACUUUUUAACUAAAUCUUACAGAUAUUCAUUAAGGAACUGAAAGAAAAAGUAGUAAAUCAUGUAGAGAUAAUUCAAGUUACACUCCUCAUCAAAAUAAAUUUUAUGGAUAUUGUCAAUUCCCAAAAUAAAAGUUAAAUUCUACAAAACUUAAUUAAAGUCGAAUGACAACGUUACAAUAAUAAUCCACUAUUUCAGUUGAUAAAGCCUAAAUUAAAUCAUAACCUUAAUCAGCCUUUAUUAUGAAUGGUAAACAAUUAAAAGUUAAAAAUUGUGAAUUACUAUUUGAAGAUAAUCCUUAUCACUUAAGUGGCAACAUAUAAGAUGUUAUAUAAAAUUAUGAAAAAAGUACUAUUCAGAGCUUUGUUUUCAGAAAAGGUAGUUCCUCCAUAAAUAGAAAUAAAUCUUAAUCUAACCAAAAUCAAUAAAGGUUUGUGUGCAAGUAUAUUAAUAAUAGGCAAAUUCAUUCACCUCCUAUUAAAUUAAUUAACAAAUUUAUUAUAAAUUUAGAUCAAUAGUAAUUAUAAAAUGAACAAACCAACUAUACAGAAAAUCUUAAAAUUACUCUUGGAACUGAUAGAGGAAGAUUAACUAUUUAAAAUGAUUUUCAUGAUGAUAAAUAAAGCAGAUCCUUAUCUAAGUCUCUAUAUUAAACUUUAGAUUUCUCUUUACAAAAUGAUAAGCAAUAGCCAAUGUUUAUGAAGUCUUUUAAAACAGAUAUUAAUCCAAGCACUAUUUUAUGUGACUAAAAUAAUCGAAAGGUUAGUGAAAUUUAUUAAUCAUUUAUAUUUAAAUCAAAUUUUUCAAUUGAUUCUAAAAAAUUAAUCACCACUAAGAAUUAAUUAGAAAACUCUUCUAGACUAGAAAAAGAAUUAGAAUUAUAUCCUGAAGUCAAAUAACCAAAGGAAUAAAAGAAAAUUAAAUAAUAUAAAACAAAAAUAUAUACUGAAUCAGAGUUAUCAUAAAAAGAUAAAGACUUAAAUACAAAUUAUCUUAUUUGA